GCUAUGUUUGAUGCUUUGUCCGAUCUCCCUGAGUGGUAUGGUAUAAAAGAAAUGCAAGCAAAUUGGAUAGGUGACUGUGUUGGAUGUUCUCUUGACUUCUUACUAAAGGUUAAUGGUACAGUAACAGAAGAGAAGCUAGCAGCUUAUACCUAUACGCCUGAAGCCAUUUAUGGAGCUUCCCAUUUAUAUAUCUUACCGACUCACAGGCUGCUGCAUGGGAAUAGCAGUCUCAAGGAAGUCUUGCAGAGGGAGUUCAUCCCAGGGAAAGAUUCGCUUACUUCAGUGACAGCUGUGAAUUUGCUUACCAAUCAGGAGAUUCCUGUAGUCAUCUCAGCAAAAAACAGUUUUGAGAGUUUUCUUGAUACUAAAAUAGGAAUACCUAGUACAAGUGCAGAAGAUGCUGCAGUAGCUAACAGUCUGGGUAUUUCUUUCACUGAAGUCACUGAAACAUUGCCAAAUGGUUUGGAGAAAGUCAUUAAUUCUGGGGAGAUCACAGGCAUGACUCGUCAGGAGGCGUUAAAAGCUAUUACCCAGCAGGCCAAAAAUAAAGGAAUAGGUGGAGACCUAACGAGUGACAAAUUAAGAGACUGGUUAAUAUCUCGACAGCGCUACUGGGGAACACCUAUUCCUAUCAUUCACUGCCAGACAUGUGGCACUGUCCCUGUACCUUAUGAAGACUUACCUGUGGUGUUGCCCAGUGUAACCACCUUCACAGGAAAGGGAGCCUCACCUUUAGAAACAGCUCUAGAAUGGGUGAACUGUUCCUGUCCAAGGUGUAAGGCAGCAGCGCGGCGGGAAAUCGAUACCAUGGACACGUUCGUUGAUUCCGCCUGGUACUACCUGAGGUACACCGACCCUCACAACACAGACAGGCCCUUUAAUAAUGACUUAGCAGACUACUGGAUGCCUGUGGAUUUGUACAUCGGAGGAAAGGAGCAUGCAGUUAUGCACUUAUUCUAUGCGAGGUUUUUCAGCCAUUUUUGCCAUGACCUAAAGAUGACAAAACACAAGUAAGCCUUCUAUAUUUCUAUAA